AUGGAACACAAACGCCGCAAGAUCGACCUCUUCGCGACUCACCGCGCCCGCAACGGCGGCGCAGACGAUUCCUUCCUCGACCCAACCUCCAACCCAAACCUCAACCUCCCCUCCGGCUCUGACACAGAGUCUGAACCAGACCAGGAAGUCACGGCACAAAAGUACCUCAACAUGAAGAGGGACGAUGAUGCCGAUCGGCCUGUUGAAACGGUUUUUGGGCCGGAUGUGAAUUUGCGGCGGAGUAAGGGGGGCACCAUGUAUGCGGAGCAGGUGAGGGGGGAUGGCGGGAAGAGAAAACGCAGGGCUUUGCGUGAGGGAGAGGAUAAGGUAGAGGUGAGGAUGGAGCAAGGCCGAGACAAGGCCAAAGACGAUGGAAUUGAGGAACAGAGUGGGAAUCUAUAUCCUUCUCUCCCUCCAUCCCUAUUCACUCACCUCUUCCCUCCCCUGCCCGCCACAGUCUCCUUCUCAACCCCCCAACCCCCAGCUAUCCCCUCCUCCCCUCCCAUCUCCUCCAUCCUCCCACCAUUCCUCCACCCCGCCCGGAACCCCACAGCCACCAAGUUCCACCACAGCAGCGCCGCCAUCGACCCGCGCGGCGCAUACAACCGGCCAAUCCGACCGCUGCCACGGCGCUCUGAGCAGAGCAAGGUAGAUAAAAAGUCUGAGGCGGCGACUCAACGCAUUGUCUCAGGCAGCUUCGAGAGCAUCGGAGAGGAUCUGAGGGGCGGAGAUCGGUUUCGUGAGAGGGGGUAUCGGUUGCAGCAGUCCCGGGGUGGAGGUGGGUUGAAGGAGACGGAGGUUAAAGAGAAGGAGGGAAAGGGUGGAGAGGUGGUGGACAAGAAUAGUGACGAGGAGGGUGGUGGAAAGGAGAAUGCCGCUCGGCAUUGGCUAAGGAACUGGCUGAGGCGUUUAUAA